CACUCGUAAAAAUCUUGGACUGCUUAAACCCUAUCGCGUCUCUGUCAAUUUCCUUCCCUUCUUCUCUCCGGCGAUAUCUCAAACUCACACAGUUUCCGAUUCCCUUUAUAUAUAUCAGCAUCUCUUUCUCCAUCUUUCUCUCGGCUCAAGGACUGCCACCACCCGCGGUUGCCGAUCGCUAUCCCGCUGCCAAUCGAUCCUCGCGGCGUGAUUCCUCCUGCCGCGCCACUGCUUUUCAGCACCUAAUCCCCCUCUCACUCUCUCUCUCGUUGGAUACAAUGGCUGAGGAUUUUGUGGGACCACUGGAACAGGAAUGCUAUAAUGAUGAUGUGAGAGUACAAGCAGAUCAAGUUGGGUGGCAUGAGGCUGCAAUGAGGCUCAAGCGCAGGUGGUUGAUGGAUCUACCUUUGUCCAAAUCGGAGCAAAAGAGGAUUGACAAAUUACUGCCUCCCAAUGAUAUGAUAUUGCCUGAAUCUUUCCUUAGAAAAGAUGAUGGGGGUUAUGAAGACAUCAGGACUUGUAUCGAGAAGGCUUUUGAAAUUCCUAACAGCCAAGAGGAUCAUAUUUUUGAUCGAGAUGGUGUAAUACUACUUAAUUCAAGUGAUGGUUUUCAAGAGGUAUCUUUCCUCUUGGAGGCUAUGACUGAUAAAGGCUUAUGUUCCUUUGCCAGUAUACUCACUGAGGGACUGGAUAUAUUUGAUCAGACAAAUGGGGGUGUGAUGAAUACAAUCAAAGAAUUGCUUCCGAAGUUUAUUGCUGACAAAAAUGACAUUUCCAGAUCAAAGCUGAAAAGAUGCUCACUACUAUUAAGAGACCCGACUAAUUUUGGGUGUAAUAUGACCAUGCACUUCACUCCUGAAUCCUGUUGUGUAGCUGCAUUCAAGGUACUUGAGGAGCUAGAGCAUUUCCCUUCUAGAGCACUACAUGCAAUGGUUAGGAAGCUGAAAGGUAUUAAAGGACACAUCCCUUGUCCUGUCAUACGACCUACACGCACUAGGGAUAAAUUGGCCAAAAUGGUGAGUAUAGAGUUCACAAAGAUGGUAUCAAACAUUGGAGGAGGAGAUGAACCUCGAGAGGAAUUGGUUGGGGCACUAGGAGUUGCAAGCUUAACUUUGAACCUAAUAUUGAACCGUCCAGUUAUAAGAGACUUCGGGAGAUUUUCACCACAGAUGGUAGCGUUGCAUAAAGAUAUAGCUAAAGCUAUUCACGUAUUAAACGAACUAAAGGACGUAUUAAAAUCAUCCAAGGAAGGUCAGAGCAUACUUGAAUCGAGAAAAGUGCUGAUGAGUAAAGUGCAGCCUUUGUUGGCUCCUCAGUUGAAUUCGUAUAGAGUGCCUAUGUCAAUACGGAAUAUAUUGUUUGAUUACCUUUAUGAGUGCAGUGAUAUGGAGAAUAUCCCUGGGUGUUUGAUAGAAUCUCUUGACAUAAUCAAUAAUAGACCUCAACUUGGGUCUGCCAAAAAGAGUUCCUCUAAAGUUUUAUCAUCUUCCAAAGAGUUGAUGAAAGAGGAAAUAGAAAAGGAGGUGCAACUUCUCCUAAAUAUCAGUGCUCAAGCCAAAGAAGUUGUAGCGAACUUGCUUCCAGAACAUAAAUUUGAUGAAGAAUUUGUUCAUUCAAACAUGGAGGAUUUCCAUGGAAGCGAUUCUCAUCGUGUUUUUUGUGAUCAUCUGCAAAUGGAGGAUGAUUUGCAGCAUUUUGAAUUUCAUUCUUGUAGUUCAUAUGUCCAAACAGAAAGUAUUGGGGAGACAAACCCGGAAGAGUUCAGUUUACCUGUUCACAGAAGUAAAAGAAAUAAACGCUUACCUCCGUCUCCCAAUAGUCAAUGCUUGGGGAAAGAGUUUCCAUCGGAAUGUAAAGCUGAGGAAUCAAAACCUGCUUGCUCUGAUUCCGCAAAAGUGACAACUAAAGCUCGAACAACUAAAAAUGGAUUUUCUGACAUCAAAGUAGAAGAAACAGAUAUUGUUGAUCAGCAGAGCAAGUCAGUUAAUAGAUACCUUGAGCUCCAAGAAGCAUGUGAUGCUACUAGUAUUGCGGCCUAUCAUUUUGUGGGUUACAUGCUGGACACACUAGCCAAGACCGAAGGUAUAGAGCUGAACAAAGAUGAUAGAUUUUAUCUACGUAGCCGUACUCCAGUCCUUAAAGAUACUGAAGAAUUUUCGGACUCUGUGGUGUCCAAGUUCACUGAAAUGUGGAAGAAGGCGCUUGAGUUGUAGGCCUUCACAAGUCUGUCAGUCACAAAAUUGUCUUGUCUACCCAUGAGGAUACCAGGGCAUACAUAUCAUGAUAUCAAAGUAAUCAAAUGACUAGCCAAUCCCCAAGUCGCUGCUUUCAUUUUCAUUUCCUUGUCAAAUCAUGGACCAGGGUCUAAUAUGGAAGCUGUGAAGUUACAAUCCUGGGAGUUUGUUAGGAUGCAAGAACCAUGGUAGAACGAUCAGAAUUCAGACAUUUGUGUAUUACAGUAGUAGUUAUUUGUAGAUUUUUACAUUUAGAUUUGCCUGAACUUGAUUAGGUUGUCUGAUCUAACAGGAAAUCGAUUAGGUUGUACCUUGUAACUUGAUUCAGUUGUACCGUGUAAAUUUGAUGGAGCUUUGAUGUAACUCGUAACAGGAAAUGGUUUUAGCCAUUUUGAUUCAUCA